GUCUCUUUCCAAACCCCAUUUUGAGCUGUGGUUUUGGUUUCCAUAGUGACACUUCCUGUGGUAGAGAAAAGAGGUAGUGAGUGCGGCACUGUGAGUGUGGCAGGCAGGCAGCUGCACGCCUUCUUUCUCUCCCGGCCGGCCGCCGCUGGGGAUGCUCUGAGAGGGCCGUGCCGCAGCCUCAGGGAGGGCCUUCUCCAAGGGAGGCCGGUGGUCCUGGCUUCCUGGGGCUACCUGGGACAGCAGCAGGAGCCAUGCUGGGAAAACCCAAGCACCUGGGCGUCCCCAAUGGCCGUAUGGGCCUGGCAUCAUCAGAUGGGGAGUUAAACAGCUCUGGGGUCCGGGGCAGUAAUGACAGUGUGGUCAGUCUGCCAAAUACCCAGGGUAUUUCUCACUCCUUGGGACAAUCCGUAGCCCGCUGGGCUGAGUCCUUUGAGACACUGCUGCAGGACCGACUUGGGGUUGCCUAUUUCACUGAGUUUCUGAAGAAGGAGUUUAGUGCUGAGAAUGUGUAUUUCUGGCAAGCCUGUGAACGGUUCCAGCAGAUCCCAGCUAACUGUACAGAACAGCUGUCCCAGGAGGCUCGGAAGAUCUACAAUGAGUUCUUGUCAAGUCAUUCUGUAAACCCAGUCAACAUUGACAGACAGGCUUGGAUUGGUGAGGAGAUGUUGGCUACUCCCACCCCAGAUAUGUUUAAUGUCCAGCAACUCCAGAUCUUCAACCUGAUGAAAUUUGACAGCUAUGCCCGCUUUGUCAAGUCUCCACAGUAUCAGGCAUGUGCAAGGGCCGAAAGCCAAGGGCAGCCCUUGCCAGAACUGAGGCCUCAUUCCCAAUGUGGCAGCCCCCCAACCGAACACGGCAAGAAAACAAAACUAAAACUAGGGAAGUCCCUGCCACUUGGUGUGGAGGCAGUAAGCAGUGUGCCCAGCAGGAGUCCUCGUAGAUCCUUCCGGAAAGGGGACCGUGCCCGGGGAGAGGAGAGAAAUGGCAGUGAAGGACCAUCCCACUGGCGUGAAUCCCAAGGCUCUCUGAAUUCCUCGGCUAGCUUGGACCUGGGCUUCCUGUCCUCCUAUACAACCAGCAGUUCCCAGUCGGAGAAUCACCGAAAAAGCCUGACAGGCCCAGAAUCUGAAAAUCAAAACCAGCCCAUCAAGUACUGUUGUAUUUAUCUGCCUGACGGGACUGCUUCGUUAGCUCCAGUGCGGCCUGGUCUCUCCAUCCAGGAAAUGCUGUCUGGAAUAUGUCAGCGCCGUGGCCUCCAUCUGCCGGAUGUCAAGAUUUACCUUGUGGGGAACGAAAAGAAGCCACUGGCACUGAACCAGGAAAGCUUAGUCCUGGUGGACCAGGAAGUUAAACUGGAGACUAGGAUCAGCUUUGAGCUGGAACUAAUUCCUAUCAAUAAGAAAGUGCGUAUUCUGGCAAAAUCUACUAAGAACCUUCAGGAGGCAUUGCAGCCCAUCCUGGAGAAGUACGGCAUGGAUGUUAGACGGGCGCGGCUCCGACUGGCUGGUGAACUCCAUGCUCUGAAUAUGGAGGAGAAGGUGAGCGCCAUCUCUGGUCAGAGGCUUGUGCUGGAGUCUGAUGAAGAAGUGAAACCUGUUGGUGUUGGAAAUGCUUCAGCAAACCUUUCUUGUGAGCAGAGUGAGGAUGACAGCUGUGCAGAGAUGGAAUCUGAGUCUGAACCACUCCCAGAGAUGUCCACUUCCUUUGCCAAACCUGCCAGGAGCAACCAGAAUCGCCGCACAUAUGACUUGGAAGGGCUAGUGGAUCUGCUGAACCGAGUCCAGAAUACCAGAGUUGAUGACCAACGUGGACUACUGUCCAAAGAAGAUCUAGUAGUGCCAGACUUUCUCCAGAAGCCUGAACAAGACAGUGCCUCCUGCAAAAAACAUUCUUUACCCAGCCCUGUUCCUGACACACCAGAGGCCACCACUUGCCAGGCCAAAGAGCAACUUCCACAACCCCAGGCGGCUCCCCCACCAAAGCUGCAAACACGAAGUCUAUCAACAUCAAGUGCUUAUGGGAAACCUUCAGCCAUAUGAUCUACUCUGUGGACACAACCCCAGCCUAGCCUCCUCUAAAGACAGGGCUUGGAAAAGACACGUUGUUGACUACAGCUCCCAGGCUUAUCUACCCCCAGCAAAGGGAGAUUCUUGGGAGUUAUAGUCUGAGAAGUGAAAUUUCCGACCUUUGCACAACAAUCCUGCCCAGUGUAUCCCAUGUUCCUUGCAAGAAGGCCUAGUCCUUCCUGUUCACUAUCUGUUGUGAUAUCAUGAUCUGCCCCAUACACCAUAUUCCUUCUGCUGUAGGAUUAAGGAUGAGGGUCAGCAAGGACCUAUGCCCACCUCUGAGGACGUCCCUUCACCUACCCAAUUCUGUCUUCCAGGACUGGAAAUUUGAACUCCUAAGUGUUUUGAUGCACUCUCUCAGUUUCUUGGAACUGCCCAUGCUGGCUGGGCAGGAAACCACCUGUGUUGCACACUUGCUAUACCACACUACUGCUCUGUGUUGUAAAACAACUGCCAACAGUCGACCAUGUCUUGUGGCUGCAGUGAUGACAAUGCUGUACAUAGUUUGUAAUUUUUAGUCUUUGUAAUAUGUAAAAUACACUGGCGAACAUGC